CUGCCUGCUGCAAAAUGGUUUUCGACUUUAAUUUUUAGUUUAUUCGAAGACGGUCAAUAAAACAGAAGUGUUGGCGGGAAAGUUUAAAUUCAAAUUUUGAAACAUACAACAUUUUUUCGAAGAAUUCUUUUGAUUUGAAAUUCAUAACCGUCUAGGCUGUUAAUUUAAACAAAGGUGCUUUUUAUAAAUUUUUGUUAAUAGCAAAUGAAAUCCAUAUGGAUUUUUGAGUAAACAAAAGUAUCUCAAAAAAAAAGAAAAAGUAUCUCAAUAAGCCAACAAAAUAAUAAUUGUUGUCUGUUAGUGUAGGCUGACUAAAAUUUUAAGGUCAGCUCUUAAAAAAUUCAGUGAUUUGUUUUGUUAAUCGAAUUACGUCUGGGGUUUUCCGGUUUUUGAAAGAUUUCGAUCGCAUCUUCAAGACGACAAACAAAAAAAUUGUGUCGUGGCUGGAAGACUUGAAUGUGUCAACUGGAUUGGUAAAUACCUACCUAUCCCACAGAUACAAAAAAAAGAUCUUCAUUUUGUUGUUUGUUUGUUGCUGAUGUGGGAAUUAUCAGCUUAACAGGCUUCACUACCCAUACCGGCUUUUUUACGAUUCGCGGAGAAUCUUUGCUUUAAUACUGAUACUUAUAAUAGAACGGGUUUUCCACCGCACACCCGCGGCACUGCGUCGGUGUUAUUCCGAACAUAUUAAUUGACAGUGAUUUCUGUUGUAUACAUUUUGAAAUUCAUUUUGAGUGAUAGAUCACACGCGAUCUACAAUUGUUUAUUGUUUUUUUUGCAAUAAAAGUCGAUACCUAAUUUGAUUACACAUUAAGCCUCUCUCUAUCUUAGCUACGCGCAAAAGUCGUCGCUGGUUGAUUCAUUAUUCUGGUUGAUUGCUGGUUGCAUGAUCAACUCUUGAAGUAAUUUGAGGGCGUCUCUCUUACUUUUUUUUGGUCAUUAACCUAAUGGCAAUUUGGAAUUAAGGAAUACUUAAUUAUUUUUUAAACAUCGAAGACUGUCAAAAUUGUUAACAAAGAUAAAAAUGACUGAGCUAAAAACCAUACCAAUGUUAGCAGGGACUCUGCUAUUAUUUACUUUAUUCACCGUACCUAGUGCAAGUUUCCUAGACAGCAUACACGUACCAUGUUCCUUCAUCGAUACUGUGGACCUAAGUGGUUCUGAAAAAUUUCCCAAUGGCUCGUAUUCCUAUGAAGGUCUUAUUGUUCCACCUCAUUUAGUGGGAAUUUUUGAAUACACUUCCGAUGAUCUUUCCCUACGAGUUCCUGCCGAGCCUCAUGUUCGUGGAUGUGUUUGUAAGCUGAGACCAUGUGUUAAGUUAUGUUGUCCUACCACAGCAAGAUUUAAUGGAACAAAUUGUCAAACUCACGAAGGAAAUGCAACUACUCUAACUGUUAUGAACAUUACAACAAAUGGAGGUGAUUUGAAAGAAGUCGAUCUUGCUAAAAAGUUUGCCCUUCAAUAUGGUCGGACUUGUGCUGAAAUGUACCAUUUGACACCACAUGUGUAUGCUUUUGAUGGUUUUAGUUUAUUUGAAAAUGGAACUUUGUAUCGAUGGGAAGAUCGUCAUUAUUUUUCAAAAGAUGAAUUCUGUUUGAAUUCUUUUACUGACAGUAAUGUAACAGACAUUAUGUUACCAAUGAAUUGUUAUGAAACUCCAACUGGAGGAACAAAGACGUUAGUUUAUGCAUGUAUGAUGAUAUUUUCGGUGCCAUUUAUGCUUUUGACAAUUAUUGUUUAUAUGGCAAUACCGGAGCUAAGGACGUUGCAUGGAAAAUCACUUUGCUGCUAUUUGUUGGGACUCUGCAUCGGAUAUUCGAUUCUUAGUGCAUUUAUUCUCAUACCAAUGGAUUAUAUUUCGUCUUUGCAAUGUAAAGUAGGAGGAUUCUUAGCUUACUUUUCGUUUAUGGCCAGCUUCUUCUGGGUCAGUGUUAUAAGUUUUGACUUAUUCUACAACAUUCGUGUACCACGUGGAAGAUACAAUGAAAAGAAACGUUUCAUUUUGUAUUCGAUCUAUGCUUGGGGUUUGGCUUUGAUUUCACUUGGAUUAACUUAUGCAGCACAACAAUCGUCGUUUAUUUCAAAUGAUUGGAAGCCACAAAUUGGAGGUGACGAAUGGUGUUGGUUAGAAGUGAAAAAAGGAUGGUCAGCAAUGAUAUAUUUCUUUGGACCUAUCAUCAUCAUCAUAGCUUUCAACAUUGUCAUGUUUGUUCUGACAGCUCUUCAAAUUCAUGGCGUUCAAAAGGAAAUGAAACGAAUGAUGGAACGUAAUGACAGUCAGAAGAAUCUUCGCACAGAAAAGGAUAGAUUUGGAAUCUUCUUACGCCUCUUUAUUGUCAUGGGUGUAACAUGGUCAAUGGAAAUCACUUCCUACUUAAUUGGACAAGAUUCAUCAUGGAGUAAACUAUUUUAUGUGACCGAUAUCGGUAAUGGUAUUCAAGGAUUUCUAAUCUUUACACUGUUUGUCUUGAAAAAGAAAGUCAAACAAUACAUCACCAACAGGCUUCAACAAAAGGAAAAAGAUCCAACAAAAAGGUCAAGUUCAACAAUAUCUGAAGAAAUUUCCGAACGACUUUAAAUAGCAGACAGAGCUUAUAUGGUUCUUCCGAUAAAGAUACCUGUCAACUCGUCGCUCGGAACGCCAGAGCCAGUGCUCCAAUAAAACGACAUCCAGUAGUAUCAAUCUUCCUAUGAAUGGCAUUGGAGCUGAUAAGCCUCUGAUGGAUAAAUUCGUUAAAAUUCAAAAUUAAUUAAAGAACAAGAAAAAAAAAAAAA